AGACGAUGGCGACAGUUUUUGUGAUCCUAUUCCGAUAUCACAUCUCAAACCACUUCCGAAGAACUGUCCACAAAAUGGAGAAACACCCUACCACUAUGAUGUUAAGAAAUGUCGUGGUAACCCAUGUAUAAAGCAAACUGUUACAAACAAGGAAGAAUAUUGCUGUGGACCAAUCAAACAAGAACUGAAGACAUUAAUCUGUAGCACAAAUACAAUUGAUGUUGCAGAGACUGUUGAGUGUGGUUGUAAGAUAUGCAACCAAGUUGACGUGAAUGGUAAUGUUCUGAUAUCUGAUCCAGAGGUAUAUCUAAGUGGCUAUGUACAUGAUGUAUUAGACAAAGGUAUACCUCUGAAACAUGGUGAGAUUUUUCUCUUUGAUGAAUUUGUAACCAAAACAAGCUCUACUGGUGAGUUUACAUUCCUUGUGCCAAAAGAUGCUUCAAGGCUUGUUAUCACAAUCAAAGAGGGCCUUCAAAAGCAAAAUUUCAUUGAAACUAACAAAAUAACUUACAUCCCAAAUGAUUUUAAAGGAACUCUCUAUAGAGAUAUCCCUAUGCUUAGGAAGAAUACAAUCGUUGAAAUAUCUUCUUCUGAUAUCAAUACAUUGAGCCUGGCAAACACCAGCUCAAAUGCAUCCCUGGCAGAAGUUAUAAUCCCCGAUGGAGCAUUUUAUAGCAAAAAUGGGACACAAUAUAAUGGUCAAGUUCAGGCAAGUGUUAACUUCCUCGAUCCGAGAGACAUUGACAGUAUAGACACAAUGCCUGGAGAUCUAACAUUCAUGGAUAGCAAUGGACAGACAGCAAACCUACAAACCUUUGGUAUGUUUCAUAUGAGCUUUGAAGAUGCUGAUGGAAAUGAAGUUAACAUUGAAGGCGAUGUGGAAAUGGCUAUAAGCGCUGACCGUAUAGGACCAAAUGCAACCACUGAUGUUAAGCUUUGGUCUAUGAAUCCAUCAUCAGGGAGAUGGGAGCUGGAGGGGUCACUCAGAAAAGGAUUCUCAAAAAGAAAGAAGCGAAGUCAAUCACAAUAUGAGAGUGACUUUUUCAUAGGGGACGCCAAGAUCGUGGGAAGAUAUUGGUUCAACUUUGACAGACUGAAUGAGGACUACUGUUUCCUUAAUAUUAAAGCAUAUGAUGAUAAAAAGAUGACCACACAAAUACCACCAGCUUCUACCAAUGAGCCAACUGUAAUUGCGAAAGACAGGGAAAACAGAUGGCAGCACAUAACGGGCAAACAAAGUUAUGUGCAUGUGAAUUUACCUGAUAUUGGUUCUGAUGGAGACUGUGUAUUAACCAUGUGUGAGCCUGACCAUUUCCAGGGAUACUUGACAUAUGACACAAUUGAAGGGCCACUUCAUGGCUCAACUACACUUGGGGGACCAUCAGUCCCAAAUGUGACAAACAAAUGGGCAGAGAUUCGACCAGGGGCUGAUCAAUACAAAGUAUUGAACACAACAGUUAGCCCAUUGACAAAAUCAGGUCCCUUGUAUGCCAGCCAGGAACAAAGAUGUUUAAAGGAAGACUCUGAUUUCUGUAUGUAUUGCUCUAACCUUGUCCAGAAGGAACCAGAAUGCAUGAAAUGUGACCGAACGGCCUGUCAAUAUCCAUAUACACAGGCUUACAUAAACUGUAUGAAGAGUGAAAAGAAUAACUCUCAUUAUAGCUUCUACAGACAAAGUAACACAUUUAUUGAGUACACAGCAUGUACCAGAUUCUCUGAAUGUUCUAGUACAAACUCACUUUAUCCUUUGAUUUGGUUCCCAAAAGCUCCAGCUGAACAUUGGGCAUGGUAUAUUAAAGUCAGGAUGGAGGUGUGGAGUGAUGGUGUAAAUGGAGGAACACUGUACCCAGAUGAAUCAAGAGUCAUUGUAUCAAGCUAUGGAGGUGACCACAUUGAAACAAAGAACAAGUUGUAUGGCAAUAGAGAGGAUGUGACCAAAAAUGGGACAGUGUGCCUGGAAUAUAAGGGAAGUGGAAACAUCAUAACAUCAGAAUUUCAAGAAGCUGAAGAUGAAACUAUUGUUGGAAUUUUAGGCAUAGGAACCGAAUGCUUAGCUUACAUGACAAAUGUACUAAAAAACUAUCAGUAUGACCCAAAAUAUGCUUUAUUCAAACUUCCUGCUGGAACCAUACAUGCUGGGAAAAGCUCUGGGUUGUACUUUAAUGAUGACUCAAACAUGGAGACAGCGCGACGGAAAGCCAAGGCUGCAUGUGAUUGCAGUGAUGCACAGCAUAACUCUGUGCGUUGUAAUAACCCACAACCAACAACAGGGGUUGGUAUACUUAUAAAAUGUAGAAGAACAGAUACAUAAUAUCUAACAUGUUGAAUGAAUUAUUUUAUCACUUUUAUAAACUGAAGACAGCAUAGAAAUGCUUACAGCAUACAGUGUUUGUAUCAGUAAAUUGAAGGAACCUAUACUUUUAUUUUUAUUAGUGAGACAAGGAGUACUGCUCAAUCCCAAAUACACUCUGCUCACAAAAGUAUAUUCCAAUAGCCUGUGAGGGUAUAUUAACUAACCCAAUUCUUGGUCAGUUUCUACCUUUGACCAUUGGGGUAUUUUCACAAACAUGAAACAAAUCCUUGGGUAAAUAUUACAGGGAUAAUUGGGGUAUAUUCACCAAAAUAUCUCCCAUUCUUGAGUCAAUAUUUCUUGGAUCAUCUUGGUAAAUUCACCAAUAUAUAUCCUAUUCUUGAGUCAAUAUUUCUAAGAUCCUUGGGGUGAUUCACAAAUAUGAACCCUGAUCUUGGGUCUAUAUUAUGUGGAUUAUCUGGGUAUAUUCACAAACACGAACCCCAUAUUUGGGUCAAAAUUCUAGGAUCAUCUAGGUAUAUUCACCAAUACAGAGUGGGCCAGAGGUGGUGCCAGAGGUCCUGAGUAAUAAAAUAAUAUGAUAGGGCCUUCAACUUGGAUUGUAUUUGAUCUAAAAGGGGAGUUCAAUUGGUCUGCCUCAGUUUUUGAUGAUAGCUUUUCAACUUAUAGCUAGCUCGCGAGCUGAAAUAGAUUGCGAGUUUCUUGAGGACAACUCGAGGCAAUGUAUAGGCAGCUCUGACGAGCUGUACUCCAGUUAUGGACUCGGGAGUUACACCUCUAGUGCCUUUAGACCAUCUCCUGGAGACCUCCCAAGAUGCUAUAAUCACUGGGAUUUGCAUCAGGACUAUUAGCUGGGUGGUCAGCAGGCCGUAUCAGUUCAGGUACAUUAUGCAAUAUUUUUUUCUCAUGGCACACUAGUCCUGCGGAAUCUAUGGACCUGGUUGCUUUCUAGGAUGUAUGCUAUGUCUUUGUAUUUUCUUCAUCUAUAUGUAAUUGACUUUCAAAAUCAGAACUGUGCCGGUUUGGCACUGGUGGGCAAAAUUUUUUACAGCCUUGUAUAGGUGGCGCCCCCUAUGAAAUACCCUUUUAAUUAAGGAAUUUUUUUUAAAUGAUCUUGAGCAAAGUCUUUAACUCAAGCCACCUAGUAUAACCUGUUAUUUAUCCUUAAUAGCAUGUCUAUUUUUUUUCCUUACCUAAAAUCUCAUAUUUACAGAGUACUUGUCAUUUAUCCCCCCUGAUAUCACAUAUAUUCCAAGGGGUCACUAUGUUUUGAAGGCAUAAAAUUUGUACAAAGCGUAAUUGUGAUCUCAAAUUAUUCAUAGAUAUGACUUGAUACAUGUUUUAUUUUAUUUUUUAUUAAAGUGAGAUGCUGGUGACAUAUUUUAUUCAAGUAAAAGUGUGUAAUUCAUAAUGCAUGGCUAGAUUGCAACUUCAAGUUUCAUUUGGUAUGCAAAUUACGAUAUUGGAUCAAAUAUUAAAAAAGUUAUAGCAUUUUUUUUUAAAAAGUGGCGUUUUUUUGGCCUGCCAAGUAUAUACCUCCUACUUGGCUCAACAAAUAUUUACAUAUCUAUGUGAAAUUGUGCACUAAGUUGUAAAAUAACAUACCAUAAUGUGUAACUUACACAAGUGACAUAUGUACAUAAAUAAACAAUUCUGAUACAUAAUGAGUGCAUAAAAUUGUUAAUAAACACAUUCUAGAUUUACA